AUGUCUCAAUUUUUAAGUAAUUCAAAUCUCACAUGGUUCAGAGAGAACGAAAAAACAAAUUACCGAAGACCAAUUAGAUAUCCUGAUAACGAUGGACACAUAAUUGAAUAUACUCAAAUCAAAUUGAGCAAUAAACAAAAUAUUCUUCUUGACAGAAAGCAUCGAGACUUUUUGAAGCAACAUAAGUUUAUUCUUGAUAAAGACAAUAAUAUUAUCGAAGAAACUAGUAAAGAAUAUUUGCUCGAAUUAUUUUAUCUAGAAGCUAAAUUAGCAAAUAUCAGAUUUAAGAAUAGUUAUCCAUUCAAUUUAUGUGAAUGUAAUAUCGAAAUUGUUUAA